AUGCACGGCCAACAGCUCAUAAAAUUGAGCACGGCUGGCAAUAGGCGAGAAGUGCCGGUUCCUUGCAUCACAUAUGAUGCCAUGGAUACAUGCCAGCAAACACAACAAGUAGAAUCAAGUUGCAAGCUGUUCGUUGUCUCGGGCUCAGACGUUCGACGUCGUCAAAAGAUGCUCAAAAGGGAAUACCGGUCACGUGAUGACUUCCAAAUAUUGAACGACGACGACGAUGAGGACGGCGACAACGACCAUGACGAUGACGAUGACGAUGAUGACGAUGAGGAGGAGCACAAGGAAGACCACCGGCCAGUUCGGUUAGAACAAGGGUAG